CAUUAUAGCCAGGAGAUGAUCUUAGAGCGAGCCUAACUAGGCCCGGCACCCCAGGAAGUGACUCGGCGCAGGGCUUGGUAGAGGUGGAGUGACCAGGUGAGGCUUCGGGCUGCCUGGAUUGCGGCCAUGGGCAGGAAACCUGGGCAAACAAGGGGCGGGGCAGGAAUACUGGAGCCCCGCCCCCGCAGGCUGCUGUUUCCUUAGGCCUUGGCCUAGAGCCAGGCGAGACGCUUGUGGCCUCGGCCUCCGCCCCACUCCCGCAACCUCAGGCGGGGACAAGAGCUAAAGACGCUGCUUGUCGGUGAGGUGUCCGCACUCUGGCACUCCGGAGAACUCCACGGUGCAUCUCAGCCGGGGCCUGUCAUGAACCCCUGUCCCGCGAGCGCGCCUCCGGCGCUGGGGCUACUCGGCCUGUCAUCAUCGCUGCUGCUGCUGCUGCUGGACCUGUCCCUGGCGAGUGGUACCUGUGGAAUCCCAGAAAGGUUACCAUUUGCUUUAAUGACAGGGGAUUCUGAAGGCCAACAAAGCUUUCCUGAGGGUUCCAAAGUGACAUAUACCUGUCGACCAGGUUACCAAAGAAACCGUUUUUUCUCACCUACGAUUACUUGCCUCCCAGAUGGACUGUGGUCCCGGCCAACUGAAUUUUGUCAAAAAAAACGGUGCCCUAACCUUGGAGAACUAGCCAAUGGUCAUAUUAAUAUCGAGGAGGAUAUUGUAUUUGGUUCAACCAUUUAUUUUAGUUGUGAUAAAGGGUUCUUAUUAAUCGGUUCGGCUCAGAGCAUAUGUGAAAUUGUAAAUGAAAACAAGGUUGACUGGAGUGAACCUCUUCCAGAAUGCCAAGUUAUCCAUUGUCAUCCACCUCCAGAUGUUGCUAAUGGGCAACAUACAGGAGCUUCUCAAGAUUUUUUUACUUAUGGAUCAUCAGUGAGAUAUACAUGUGAUAAAACAUAUUCACUUAUUGGAGAUGAAUUCAUCUAUUGUACUACUAAGAAUAUGGAGUCUGGAGAAUGGAGUGGCCCUCCCCCUAAAUGCAAAGUUGUCCGUUGUGAAAACCCACUUCUCCCAAAUGGACAUUUGUUAUCUGCAAGAAGGCCGCCUUAUACAUAUAAAGAAACUGUGGUCUUGGAAUGUGACUCUGGAUUUCACAUGGAAGGUGAGGAAAAGAUUUCCUGUGGUGCCAACGAUUCCUGGGUUCCUGGUAUUCCACAGUGUAAACCAGGUGUUAAGUCUACUACUACAACAACAACAACUACUACUACUACUACUACUACUAUGUACCAAGACUCAACAAUUAAGCACACAGGAAACUGGGUCUUUGAUGAUCAUACCGGCUGGCACCCCUCCCCCUCUGCUUCAGCAGCCAAGCUGAGAAGCCCCUUGGGCCUUGGAGCCUUAGGAGGCCCAGGCCGUGCUGGACAGCUGCAGAAAAGCCCCAGCGCCCUUGGCCCUGAGGGUAUCUGCCCCGGAGAUCCUAGGCUUGCCCCUCUGGCUGAGGCCCUGGAUGAGCAGUGGGAGGCACGGCCCCCUUGA